AUGAGUCGUCCCCCACGCCCGGGUGUACCGACCCCAGUGGGGAACCAACCAAAGAUGGGAAUCACCACCUCCGCCGUUUCGGACCUCACAGAUGAGCAGCGGCAGGAAAUAAAGGAGGCGUUUGAUCUCUUCGACACAGACGGCAGUGGAACUAUAGAUGCGAAGGAGUUAAAGGUGGCUAUGCGAGCACUUGGGUUUGAUCCACACAAGGAUGAAGUGCGUCGUUUACUCUCUUCUACAAUGGAAGAACGUGCGGGUGGGGGUGCUGGUAAUGAUAUCUCGGGGGCUGUGGGGAUGGAGCCGUUAGCGAUUGGCUUCUCAGAGUUUAUGGAAUUAAUGGCCCGCAAGAUGACGGAGCGGGAUUCUCGAGAGGAGAUGAUGAAGGCAUUUCACCUUUUUGAUGAUGAUAAAACAGGAAAGAUUACGUUUAAGAACUUAAAGCGUGUGGCUCAGGAACUUGGUGAAAAUAUGACAGAUGCCGAAUUGCAGGAGAUGAUAGAUGAGGCAGACCGUGAUGGGGAUGGAGAGGUGAGUGAGGAGGAGUUUCUGCGGGUGAUGAAGAAAACAUCACUUUACUAA